CGCUGGAUUUGUGAUUAACUUGGACUGGGAGACAUUCCAGUGGACACCAUGCUUCCAGCCGAGCCGGAGAGGUGCGCCGGCCUCUGCCGGACCGGGCUGCUGCUUUUGGCUCUCCUGCUGUGCGCAGCGUCCGUGCGUGGAUGCCCUCACAAGUGCAGCUGCUCCGGGUCUCAUGUGGACUGCCAGGGUCUGGGUCUGAAGACUGUCCCCAAAGGAAUCCCGAGGAAUGCCGAGCGCGUAGACUUGAACAAAAAUAACAUCACUCGAAUCACUAAAGUGGACUUCUCUGGCCUCAAGAACCUCAGGAUUCUUCAUCUGGAGGACAACCAGAUCUGUGUUGUAGAGAGGGGAGCCUUCCAAGACCUUCGACUGCUCGAGAGGCUUCGUCUGAACAGAAACAAACUCCAGAUUCUCCCGGAGCUUCUCUUCCAGUCCAACCCCAAACUGGGCCGAGUAGACCUGAGUGAGAACCAGAUUCAGGCAGUUCCAAGAAAAGCUUUCAGAGGAAUCAUAAAUGUCAAGAACCUACAACUGGACAACAAUCACAUCAGCUGCAUUGAAGAUGGAGCUUUCCGAGCACUGCGUGAUCUGGAAAUUCUUACCCUCAACAACAACAACAUCACCCUCAUCCCCCUGUCCAGCUUCAACCACAUGCCCAAGCUGCGGACACUGCGUUUGCACUCCAACAACCUCCACUGUGACUGUCACCUGUCAUGGCUCUCUGAUUGGCUCAAAGCCAGGCGGGGCUUGGCCCCCUUCACCCAGUGCAUGUCUCCUGCCCACCUGAGAGGGCUCAAUGUUCCAGAUGUGCAGAAGAAAGAUUUUAUCUGUAAUGGUGUGGCACAGACAGAGUCAAGGGUGUGCGUUCCUCAGGUAGCUGUGUGUCCACCAACCUGCACCUGCAACAGCAACAUUGUGGACUGUCGGCGGAAAGGCCUCACAGACAUACCAGCAAACCUCCCAGAGGGCAUCGUGGAAAUUCGUUUGGAGCAAAACUUGAUCAAAAGUGUCCCACCAGGAGCCUUUUCAGCCUACAAUAAACUCAAGAGAAUUGAUCUGAGUAAGAACCAGAUUUCUGACAUUGCUGCGGAUGCUUUUAGUGGUCUUCGUUCACUCACUUCUCUAGUGCUGUAUGGCAAUAAGAUCACUGAACUGCCUAAAGGAAUAUUUGAUGGACUACUUUCACUGCAACUUCUACUGCUGAAUGCCAACAAAAUAAACUGUCUGAGAGUGAACACCUUCCAAGACCUGCAGAACCUCAACCUGCUGUCUUUAUAUGACAACAAACUGCAAACCAUCAGUAAUGGUCUCUUCAGUCCUCUGCGCUCCAUCAAGACACUCCAUCUGGCUCAAAACCCCUUCAUAUGUGACUGUCACCUGAAGUGGCUGGCUGAUUUCCUGUUUGACAACCCCAUAGAGACAAGUGGGGCUCGCUGCAGCCACCCCAGAAGGCUGGCUAACAAACGGAUCAGCCAGGUCAAAGGCAAGAAGUUCAGGUGCUCAGGUCAGGAGGACUAUCACAGCCGCCUGAGUGGCGAGUGUUUUCAGGACCUGGUCUGUCCAGAGAAAUGUCGCUGUGAAGGCACAGUGGUUGACUGCUCCAAUCUCAAACUGACUCGAGUACCUACACAUAUCCCUGAACACACCACUGACCUGCGGUUAAAUGACAAUGAAAUGACCAUCCUGGAGGCUGCAGGGACUUUUAAGAAGCUUCCAAACUUGAAGAAGAUCAUGCUGCGCAGUAACCAGAUCGGCUGCAUUGAUAAUGGCACAUUCACAGGUUUGAGCUCCGUCCGUCUGCUGUCACUUUACGACAACAAGAUCGCCAGUAUUACCCCCGGAGCCUUCUCCACUCUCCACUCCUUAUCUACCAUUAAUCUGCUCUCCAACCCAUAUUUUUGUGACUGUCAAAUGGCCUGGUUGGGCCGGUGGCUGAAGAAGACACGGGUGGUGAGUGGAAACCCUCGCUGUCAGAAGCCAGCCUUCCUAAAGGAGAUUCCCAUCCAGGAUGUGGCCACCCCAGACUUCACGUGUGAUGGUGCUGAAGAUAAUGGUUGCCUUCCUGCAUCUGGUUGUCCUGACGUCUGCUUGUGCUCAGACAGUGUGGUGCGAUGCAGCAACAGAGGGCUGCACACGCUACCCAAAGGCAUUCCCAAGGACACCAUGGAGAUAUACCUGGAGGGUAAUAUGCUGACAUCUGUGCCCAAAGAGCUGGCAGCCCUUAAGCAGCUGUCACUUGUAGACCUGAGCAACAAUAGCAUCAACACGUUAGCUCCAUAUACCUUCAGCAACAUGACUCAACUAGCAACACUCAUCCUGAGCUAUAACCAGAUUCGCUGCAUCCCGGUUCAUGCCUUUGAUGGGCUCAAGUCACUUCGCCUGCUGGUUCAGGCCAAACUUUUUCUCACAAGCGUAUGCGCCAAGUAUCGUGUGUUUGUCAGAAGUUUGUGGAAUUGGAAGAAAAGCACAGCAAUUAUUAAUAUAUUUUCCAUAUUUUCCACUUGUGCCAUUCAGGGUCAAGACUGUGAGAUUCCCAUGAACGCAUGCAUCGGCUUCCCUUGCUUUAAUGGAGGAACCUGCCAUCUUCAACCCAGCCAGAAAGAUCACUUUAACUGUGUGUGUCUACCUGGUUUUGAAGGUCAACGGUGUGAGGUAAACCCAGAUGACUGUGAAGACAAUGAUUGUGAAAAUAACUCCACGUGUGUAGAUGGGGUUAACAACUAUACCUGCAUCUGUCCACCUAAUUAUACAGGUGACCUGUGUGAUGAGGUGGUUGACCCUUGUAUUGGUACUUUCAACCCAUGUCAGCAUGACUCCAAGUGUGUCUAUUUUGGCCGCAGUUACAGGUGCGAGUGUUUACCAGGAUAUGUGGGCCAACAUUGUGAGCAGGACUAUAAUGACUGUUUAGAGAAUAAAUGUCAGCAUGGGGCAGAGUGUGUUGAUGCUGUCAACGGCUAUACUUGUGUUUGCAAAGAGGGUUUCAGUGGGCUGUUCUGUGAGAACCCUCCACCAAUGAUCUUGCUGCAGACCAGCCCAUGCGACCAUUCAGAUUGCCAGAAUGGUGCUCAGUGCCUGAUGGUAGCCAGAGAGCCUAUCUGCCGCUGCAUACCUGGUUUCUAUGGCAAUAAAUGUGACAAAGUUUCCACUGUUCACUUCCUGAGUCAGGAUGGUUAUGUGGCGUUACCAGGCACCAAGCUCCGCCCAAGGGCUCAUAUUUCAUUGCAGGUGGCUACAGCUAAAGAUUAUGGAAUUUUGUUAUACAAAGAGGACCAUGACCCGCUGGCCCUGGAGCUUUACCAAGGACAUAUACGACUCAUUUAUGGCAUUGCUAGCUACCUACCAACUACAGUGUACAGUGUUGAGUCCGUCAAUGAUGGACUUUUUCACACAGUCGAACUGUUGAUUCAGAAUCGCUCGCUGAGCCUGGUGGUUGAUAACGGCGCACCAAAGAGCCUGGGCAAGCUAGCACGCCAGCCCUCAGUUGACCACAACACUCAACUUUACAUAGGAGGUGUACCAUCCCAGGUGAUGACUUCAAGUCUACAUCAAGCCCCUGAGCGCUCCCAUCAGGCAUUUGAUGGCUGCAUUCAUAAUGUUCAGAUCAAUGGAGAGACUCAAGACUUGAGUUUUAUGUCAACAGGAAGAGGACAAUUGCAUGGCAUGGAAAGCAAGGGUGAUAGCAUUCUUGUUGGAUGUCAUUCCUGUAGUGUCUGUGCACAAGGUACCUGCAGAGAGGCAGGAGAAAUGGGGGUCACUUGUGAUUGCCCUCCAGGUAGCAGUGGGGCUCUUUGUGAUCAGACAAUGGUCCCUAUUCCCUGUCAGAACAACAGAUGUGUCCAUGGUCUAUGUGUGAUAAAGGGUCAGUCCUAUAGUUGCCAAUGUAAUGAAGGCUACCAGGGUCAGUACUGUGAUCGACAACGGGAGCCUCCAGCCUGCAGGGGGCACCACUGUGGACGAGGGGAGUGUCACAUAUCAGAGAGAGGAGAACCUGUCUGCCACUGUCAACCAGACUAUACCGGACCAACCUGUGACGCGGAGCUCACUUGCCGGGGUGAAAUGGUGAGGGAGCUGAUAAAGCGCCACCAAGCCCUGAGAACAUGCACGUCUACUAGCAAGAUUCCCCGUAUGGACUGCCUGAGGUCCUGUCAGGCAUCAGCACCCCGGGGUAUUUGCUGUGGCAUUACCAAAACCAGAUUGAGAAAGGUGGUGUUCCACUGCACUGACGGCACCUCGUAUUCAGAAGAGAUGGAAAUUGCUCUGGAAUGUGGCUGCUCCAGAUGUUCAUUGUAACAGCACAGCAGUUUGUUUGCUUGUUCUGCAACACAAUGUGAAUUCAAAAAGUCAACAAGACUGAGAUUUUAUUUUUUUUCACACUGAUAAACAGAGCACUCCAUGAACAACUUUCACAUCCUGUGUGGUUGCUACCGACAAGCUGUCAAAAAAAAAAAAAACAUAUA